CUGAGAAAACACCUCAAGCCCAUCCUGCACCGCUCAUGCCGCCAAUUGUUGUUGACCUCUAGUGUAAGGGGCGGGAUGAAGCGCAUAACAGGGUAGUCUGCGUUGUAUAUAUCCCGACGUCGACAACUAGGCAAAAUAGUUAGCUAAGCUUAUCUCCACAGAUGGUGGCAAUUGUGAGCGACGUUAUAUUAUAGUGCGGAAUUGUUAAACACUCAACAGUAUUCAUGAAUUUGCUCACAUAAUUCUUCAUAUAGUGUCCAGAUAUUAAUCUUUUAACAAAUUAAAAGCGCAAUUUCAUCGAGUUUUGGUGCAUUAAAUGGAGGAGAAGAAGGAAGACGGAGACGCGGAGAUACAGGAACACGGACCCGAGCACUGGUUCUCAAAAUGGGAGCGGCAGUGUUUGGCCGAAGCGGAGCAAAGGGAGCCGAGCGAAGAGGAGGCCGACAACGACCAGGAUAAACUGUGGCAUCUCUUCCAGAACUCUGCCACUGCUGUGGCCCAGUUAUACAAAGACAGAGUAUGCCAUCAGCAGGGUCUGUCAUUGUGGGUGCCAUUUCAGAACUCUGCCACAGCAGUUACCAACCUCUACAAAGAGAGUGUGGAGGCCCAUCAGAGAAGCUUCGAUCGAGGCAUUCAGAUAGGCCACCAACGCCGCAACAAGGACAUGUUGGCCUGGGUGAAAAAGCGUCGAAGAACCAUCCGUAGGGAGGACCUUAUUAGCUUUCUAUGUGGCAAAGCACCACCACACAGGAGUAGCAGGGCCAACCCCCGGCUAGCCAUGGUGGCCCCCAGCCGGGCUAAUUCACCAGCCGAGACCGGCUCAUCUGUGGAAGCAGACCUUCAGCCCUUCAGGGAGGCCAUAGCACUGCAUGGUCUGAGUGGAGCCAUGGCGAGUAUCAGUGUGCGCUCCGGUGCUCCAGGGUCUCCCACACACGUGAGUGGGAGCAGCAGUAAUGCAGGUAGCGGAGGUGGAUCUUCCGGCUCGGGGCCGGUCUGCCGUGGCAGGCGUAAUGGGCUCCAAGAUGUUGACCUGAACACUUUCAUCGCAGAGGAGAUGGCGCUGCAUCUGGACUCUACAGGCUCCGCCUCUGCCGGAGGGGGGGCAACCAGGAAACGAAACUCCACCCAGUGUAGUGAUGUCAUCACAGACUCCCCUACACACAAACGCAACAGGAUGAUCUGAUCUGCUGCCUGCCUAUGUGUGUGAGGGGGUGGGGGGGGAAUGCCUUCAAGGCCAAGGCUUGGAGAGGGGGAUGGAUGGGCUUAUGUGGGACAGAUGUGCAGAUGGACAGACGUUCAGGUGCCGGGCUGUGCUGAAGAACCCGGGAUGAAAAUGAAAACGAGGACUGAGGGUCUCAGUUCAGUCUGUUCAGAUGUUGAAUGAAUUCUGUUCCUUGUCUCCUUUCCCUACACUGUUGCCACAAAUCACCGAUCUGCAAUCAGAACACUUGAUGAGUGUGUGUGCGGGCGACUCGGAGGUCUGGCCGACAUAACGUACUCCUUGGAUAUCGCUGCCCUGGAAAGGAGACAACGAAGAAAGCCACCAACUCAUCCUAGGAUGCAGACAGUUCUCUUAGGGGUGAACGUGCACUGUGCUGCUUGACAAAUUAAAGCCACUUGAUCCUUGACACAUUCGUGCCCUUCCCUCCCUUGACCUCACCCAUCCUCACCCACCACCUUAAUAAGGAAGUGAGGGCCAUGAUCAAAUCGUCUCACUCAGUGAAGUUGCUCGCCAAAUGUCGGACCCGCCUCCACCAGAGACUCACCUCUGCGUCAAAACUACCACAACCUGUUUUUUUUCUGUCACUUCAUCAUUUGAAGCUCUCAGUAUCCUGUCAGUGGUAGAGCCCAAUCUCCCAGCAGGAGCACAUCUGUGGCAUCAUCCUGCCUCAUCUGUAACCAGUUACAUCUCUCUGGCUACUAGUUUGACGGUAUGUAACUACCAAUAGCAGGCCAUCAAUGUUUUGACAUUUAGAUCUUAAUCUCUGCUAACUACUCUGCUUCAACAGUGGCACGAUUUAGUUCAGUCAGUCGCCCUUUUUGUUUGUUCUUCAACCACCAGUGUUAAAAUACUAGGUUUGUCGCCACUGUUUGCAGCAGUGAUAGCCAAGUUAUUUUUGCGUUCUUUCACCUUCACCUUGUUUUUCUUUGUUUUUUUUUUGUUGUUGAGGAUAAUGGAAAGGAAAACUUUUUUUUUUUUUUUUUGUUUGUGUAUACAGCUUCUCAGAAAGCCCGUUUGCUGACUGCGGCGCCCUCCCCCCUUUACCCCUAGUCUUAUUACGAAAGCAGCUGCUGUUUUAUGUGAUCUUGUGAUUAUUCUGAUGAGUUGCAAUAAGGAUAUUUUGCACUUAGCUUUCACCUCUAACUCAUGCAAACAAAAUCGGCUCUUCCAUUGUAUCCCCGUUGUAGCCUUGUCCAACCAUAAACAGGCCCACUUGUGGUCAGUCCACAUGUCACUCACCAGGUGAUGCUUAGAAGAUGUAGACACUUGGUAUGACUAGAAAUGGAGCUCUCACGCACAACUCUUUGAGAUUAUUUGACCGACUUGUGGAUCAUUAGUUCUCGAGUCCUUCCCUGACAUUUAACUUAUCGAAAGAUAAUCGGUGCUGUAAAGAAAGCAUAAAUCUCAAAUGUACUUACAAAGGUAGUGUUUCCCAACACCAAACAUGACAGCCAGUGCACACGAUGCUCUGGAUAAUUCGGAUAUGGAUUGUGUGUUGGGACACCAUCUGCUUUUUGUAUAAGGGGUGUGUGCAUUAGUAAGAAGUGGAUGGGUUUGAUUUUACUUGGUACAGGAUGAUGCAACUUGGGGCUCGUUUCAUUUUUGAAAUGGUCGUUGCCUUACAUCCUUGAGUAAGGGAGUCGGGCUGGAGACACUGAUAUCGCACGAGUCAGAAGUGUGGGCAUAUUUAACAGUUUAAGUAAUGUGAACUGGUACUGUAAAAGCUUAUUUUAGGGUCUUAUUGGAGUUAAAUCUAAGCUUGUUUGUGAGCGUAAUAAACUCAAUUGUUGGAACAUUCAUUUAGUAUAGGAAGCUAACAAAGUGUAAAUUAUUCAAAAACAAUUUUGAGUUGUGUAGUUCUGAAAUAAACUUUAAAUAUUUCCGGUGCCGUAGUAGUGAUACAUCCAACUUUACCUGUAAAACCUGCUGUGGCCGACUUGUGGGAUGUCAGUGUUUCCUUCUCCUUUUUCCAAAAUUGUGUUCACUCCCCUCAACUCUGACCUGGAAAGUGGGUUUUUCUUUUGUUGUAUAAAGCAUGCCAGUUUUUAACUUCUGUUACAUUUUGGUCACAGAUUUCAUUUUUUUGCAUUUAUAGGUUGGCUUUUAUAUUCAUACAUGAUUACUGGCUUGUCUGAAAGAAAAAGAACCAGGCUGAGAUUUGCUGAUUCUAUCAAAAGGAAAUAAGAGGUGUACAUUUAGGACUUUGUUCUCACAUACAAGUGAAACCACUGAAUUAGACUGAAAAUGUAAACCUCGUAUUGGGAAAGGGAGAUUUGAUUUGCCUCUGAUUACUGUGGAGGAGGGCAGACAAGUAAUUCAUGGGGAAACCAUGUCGGCCUUGGUUUAAAAUAAAUUCACCUUAUUUUUUUUUUUAAAUACAAAAAUGUCAUAAAAGUUCUGGGUAACUUUAGCCAUCACAGGUCUGAUUAGAUAAUGUAACAUAGGAAUGAUCCAUGUUUCUUGAAUAGGAAAUCAUCCUAAAAGAGUCAUUAUGAGUCCAUCACAGUGGGAUGUUGCGGACUGCUCGGUAGAAUAUGGAGUUCGGACCUGACAGCGUGUUCUUCAUUAAAUCGAGGAAUGCAUUUAGAAUAUUUUUUAGUUUUUUCUUUCUCCAGACACUUGACUCACUGUUUAGUGUCUGACACUCCACAUUGUCAUUGGUACUAUACAUGGCUGAAACCAAAUGGCGCAUUUAGUUACAAAUGAGUAGUCCUAGCCUCCCUAUGUUUCUGUUGCAUGACGAUAUGUCAGUUAAAGGGAAGAUGUGAAGUGUCUGCUGACAGAAAAUGAAUUAAAAUUCAGACUAUCAAUUGAUUAUAUUUUUUUUCCCAGAGGCUUAACUAAAGAGUCUUUCCAGUCCCACUGUUCAACCUGCAGCGUUGACCCCCAUUGAUUCGCCUGGUUAUAGUAGAGGGGGCACUUUGUGUUGUUUCUUUUCUUUCCCUGAGCCAGUCGCCGGCCUUCAUCCACAUUGUUUGAAAAGGCUGACUCAUGCCACGUGUCUCUGGAGCCAACACUAUUAUCAGCUGUUUCUUGAUACUUAUUUGUUUAAAAAGUAAUAAAUGGCUAAUCUAUAUACUUAACAUUUAAUUGUUGGUAUGAUAUAUGUGGUUCACAUUGUAAAAGAAAUAAAACCAUUGAGUUGCAAUUGGAUGGACUACGUUUCAUUACAAGAUAAAUAUUUUGAUCAUUUUGCUUUGCCUUUUAAAACUUUGAUUUACUUAACAUUUAAUUCCUAUAGAUUCUUUAUUGGUCAUUAACAGGAAUUUUCCUUGGAAAAACUGUACAGCAAGUCACAUUUGCUUGAGUGUUCACUUGACGGCAAAUAAACAACAAAACAAACUUUUCAGUCAAAGACUGGAAGCUUAGUUUUUCUUGUCACUCGCUGUUUGGCCACACAGUAUUUUGUGAACUCAGGACCUUGCAGCACAGGUUCUCCCUACAGACCAGAUGGAUCUGUUUGGUUACAGCACCUUGUGACAUACAGAUAAGGAGAAGUAAACAGGUGUAAUGGAAUAUGAAUACAAAGUAUAAAUAAAUAUAAAGGAAUGA